GUAUGAGGCCCCUGGUUGUUGCCUCCCCCGGCGCUAAACUGUCUUCUGAAUUUGCCAGGAAAAGAUGGCAGCGUCCGUGUGUCGAGCCGGGAGUGCUUUGGGGCGAGCUCUCGCCAAUUCCCGUAGUCCCCUUCUCCUGUCCUUGAGACGGGGCCAGGCGACAGUCUCAUACGCCCAGAGCAUCCUGGGAGCCCCUGACACUCGCCUGACAACACUUGAAAAUGGGUUCCGAGUGGCGUCUGAGGAGACGGGACAGGCUACCUGCACGGUCGGAUUGUGGAUCGGCUGUGGCAGUCGUUAUGAAUCUGAAAGGAACAACGGUGCAGGGUUUUUAUUGGAACAUAUGGCCUUCAAGGGUACAAAGCAGCAUCCAGGUGGCGCUCUGGAGAAAGAGGUGGAGGCCAUGGGGGGUCACUUGAGCGCCUACACGUCCCGGGAGCACACUGCCUACUACAUGAAGACCUUAGCUAAAGACUUACCCAAAGCUGUGGAGCUGCUGUCGGAGGUGGUGCAGAGUAACUCCCUGAGCGAGGCGGACCUGGAGCAGCAGCGCAGUGUGGUGCUGAGGGAGCUGGAGGAGGUGGAGGGCAGCCUGCAGGACGUCUGCCUGGACCUGCUGCACGCCACCGCCUUCCAGGGCACCCCGCUGGGGCACAGCGUCUUCGGGCCCUCCGUCAACGCCAGGACCCUGACUCGCGAUGACCUGGUGGAGUACGUCAACAGCCACUUCAAGGCCCCUCGCAUGGUGCUGUCUGCAGCUGGAGGAGUGAACCAUGAUGAGCUGGUGGGGCUGGCCAAGAAGCACUUCAGCAGCGUGUCCUUCGAGUACGAGGGCGACGCCGUGCCCGUGCUGUCCCCCUGCCGAUUCACAGGAAGUGAGAUCCGUAUGCGUGACGAUGGCAUGCCCCUGGCCCACAUUGCCAUCGCCGUGGAGGGGGCGGGUCAUGACAGCCCGGACAUCGUGCCCCUCAUGGUGGCCAACAGCAUCAUCGGGAGCUACGACAUCACCUUCGGCGGAGGAAAGCACCUGAGCAGCCGUCUGGCGCGUCUGUCUGCGGAGCUGGGUCUGUGCCAGAGCUUCCAGGCCUUCCACUCCACCUACAGCGACACCGGCCUGCUCGGCAUCUACUUUGUCACCGACAAGAACAACAUCGAGGACAUGAUGCACUGGUCCCAGAACGCAUGGAUGAACCUCUGCACCACAGUGACCGACAGUGACGUCGCCCGGGCCAAGAAUCUCCUGAAGGCCAGCUUGGUGGGAGGGCUCAACGGUACGACACCCACGUGUGACGACAUCGGAAGACACGUGCUGAACUAUGGCCGCCGCAUUAACCUGGCCGAGUGGGAUGCCAGAAUUGACGAAGUGUCGCCGAAGUUGAUCCGCGAUGUGUGCUCCAAAUAUAUCUACGACAAAUGUCCUGCCGUGGCCGCUGUCGGCCCCUGUGAGCAGCUGCCCGACUACAACAGAAUGCGUAGCGCCAUGUACUGGCUCCGCUUCUAGAGAAGCCCUCCUAACCCCCCCACCCCCACCCUCCCACAGCCUUCGCCCUCUCCUCUGCCAUCAAGCUCCAAAUGUUUCUCCCCUUCUCUCUCUCUCUCUCUCUCUCUCUCUCUCACUCUCUCGCUGUAUCCCUGAUGUGCUCCUGAGUGCCGCUACAUCCUCGGUCCCCUCUCACAGAACGGAAGGUUUAACGUUUAUUUAGUCUGUGAACACACAAAAAAAGAACAAUAACAGGGUUCCCUUCUUCCUCUCCCUCCCCCCUCCUUUCUGUUUUUAGUAUUCUGGUGGUAAACGGGUGAAACAGAACUUGAAAUCUUAGCACAUUUGGUUGUUUUUGUUCGGUUCACUGUCUAGCAACCACCAGUCAUUACCUCAAUAUAAUGAUUGUACAUCGUCAUAAAAGGCAUUUCAAUCUGGGUGCCAAGGGGUCAGGGAGAGAGAAGGGGACAAGCAACCACAUUCAGUGUACAGCCAAUAAACUUAAAACAAAGGUGAUCUGUCGUACUUUACUGUACCACUGUCUCACGGAGCUCCACUAUUUAUGAACUGAUGUGAUGUUUUUUGUUUCUGUCAUCUAUUGUACAUAACAGAAGCCCUCAUUCCGAAUUACAAUAAAUACUUUUAAGUGGAA